AUGCCGCGCCCUGUGGGAGCCGUCGCCUCCUCGCUCGAGGCGCACGGAUACGUGAUCAUCGCCCUCGACGCCGGCUCCGCAGCGACGUUGCGCUCGGCGAUGCAGGGCGCGAGCCAAGUGGGCGCCGCGCAGGCUGCGCUCGAGGACGCCGCCUCCUUCAAGCACUACCAGGGAGAGCGCGCACAGCUACGGCUCAUCGUCAACGGCCAGCGACCCGACGCCGAGUGGCUGGCACAGGCGUGCGACGUACUUGGCCUCGUCGCGAGCAACGCCACCCGCGCCCUCGACAUGCCGUACAACAGCCUCGACGCGAGGCUCCUCGACGUCUUCUGGUACGAAGCGUCGAUGCCGGCCGCAAACGACUGGGUGCCGGAGGAUGACGGCAACGAGGACUGCUCGGAGUGGGUGCUCGUGCAGCGACCGGGCUCGGGCGGCACGGUCGAGGGUGACUGCACCCACCUGCCCUGCCCCGCACACCAGGACCCGGGGAUGGUCACCGUGGUUGCGGACAACGGCGUCAGUGCGCUCGAGGUCCAAGGCCGCGACGGCGAGUGGCACAGGCUGGCGCUACAACCGAAUGAGUGCGUUGUGCUCGCGGGCCGCGCUCUCUCGACGCUCACCGGCGGCCGCAUUCCCGCCUGCACGCACCGCGUCGUGCAGCCCUCGACGGCACGGAUCUCGAUGGUCUUUGAGGUGCGCCUGCACGGGUCCGACGCAAAGGCCGCGCAGGAGGCGACAAAGGCCGCGCUGGAGGAGACAUCAAAGCUUCUCCCCUGGCACGAACAAGCGAGCUGCAGCCGCCUGUUCUGUGCGGCGCCGCUCGCUCUGUGCGGCGCUCGCGGGGUGGUGCAAGAGCUUGCCCGGCGGCUCCGCCCACUUGCCACGUUAGAGAAGCUCGGCACCGGGGCUCUCUCCUUCUCCAAGGUCGUCGGCAAGCUGUUGGGGAAGAAGAACGACGUGCGCAUCGUCAUGGUGGGCCUCGACGCCGCCGGCAAGACCACCAUUCUUUACCAGCUCAAGCUGGGCGAGAUUGUGACCACAAUCCCGACGAUCGGCUUCAACGUGGAGACGGUGAACUACAAGAACAUUCAAUUCAUCUGCUGGGACAUCGGCGGCAAGGACAAGAUCCGGCCGCUCUGGCGGCACUACUACCAAAACACGCAGGCCGUCGUCUGCGUCGUCGACUCGAAUGACCGCGACCGGAUUGGCGAGGCGCGCGAUGAGCUCCAGCGCAUGAUCAGCGAGGCCGGGCUCCGCGACGCGAUUCUUCUGGUCUUGGCCAACAAGCAGGACCUGCCCGGCGCCAUGUCUGCUGCUGAGGUCACCGAGGCGCUCGGCCUGCACGCCCUCCGCCAGCGCUGGUAUAUCCAGCCGACGUGCGCCAUCACGGGCCGGGGGCUGUACGAUGGGCUGGAUUGGAUGGCCCAAGCGCUCAACCCAAGCUUUGACGUGCCACCCGGGCCAGUAAACUCGCUCUGAAAAGUGCGGCGCACGGUUCCAAUGUGCGGCGCUUGUCGCUGCGCUAUUGGACGCUGCGGUGGCGGAGCCGGGGCCUCGGCCUGGCCCCCACCCACACACCUCUGAAGCCUGGGGCCGCUCUCUAGUACAAGCGGUCAGCGUCUUACAUGCGAAGUGGGAGAGAGAGAACGGAGACUGCUGCGGAAAAGUUUCUCUGUGUUUGACUAAUUGUUGCUGGUGU